UGCAAACUUCCAAUCCUGGCUUUGCAUAUGCGUCGCUGGAAGCGCAUGACAAGCUAUUUACUUUCAGGGGUUACCAAGGGAAAUGUGCGAAACGAGAGUUGAGCAUUCUGAAGAAAUUGGCAAUCGCUUUGUCCGUCGUUUAGGAUCUGUGGCAAUAAUCAUCCAUAAACAAGUCUCAAAGCUUAUUCUGGUAUGAACUGUUGCCUCCCAGAAUUGGGCGUGACUGUUGCGAAUGGGUAGCUGCAACAUAUUGAGUAGAAUAGAGAGAGUCAUAUAGUUGUGCAAUGAGGAAAAAACAUUCACACGUUGUUGUAGUUUUUUCAUCGGAGGAUGAUAAUGAUGGAGAUAUUCGAACAAAUAGACCUUCCACCACUACUAAGUCGAAAUCGCGAAAAGUUUUUAGACAGAGGAACUCUAGAAGGCCUGAAGAAUCAUGUGGUUUGGUAGAGGAAGACUUUAAUCUUUUCACCAAGGAUAUCUAUGAAGAUCUUGAUUUGUCCAAUGUGACCUAUGUAGGUAAGAAAAGAAAACAACAGUUGUGUUUAGAUUGUGGGGAUGUAAAAGACCUUUGGGUUGAUAAAUAUAAACCCCGAUGCUUGGCAGAGCUUGCAGUCCAUAAGAAAAAGGUUGGAGAAGUAAAUACAUGGUUGGAAGAGCGGUUCAGGAUGUCAAAGGUCAAUUCUUGUAAUAAUGUUCUUGUGCUCACAGGACCAGCUGGAGUUGGGAAAUCUGCAACUGUCCAUGUAGUUGUGUCACACAUUGGAGCUGAAUUAUGUGAGUGGCAAACACCAACGCCUACUCUUUGGCAAGAAUACAACUACAAUGCUAACUCAGGAAUAUCUUAUAUAUCAAAGCUGGAUGAGUUUGAAACAUUUGUGGAGAAAAUAAGGAAGUAUCCAUCAAUUUCAUCAAGCUCUAGGGAAUGCUCAAAGAAAAAUAUUGUAAUGUUAAUUGACGACCUUCCUGUGACAAAUGGGCGCGCUGCUGAUGGGCGACUUCGUCACUGCUUGCAUUCGCUUGUUAUAUCAAGCCAGUGCCCAACCGUUAUAUUGAUCACUGAGAGCUCAAAGACUCAAUCUGGGGAAGAAUUACUGUUGUUACUAGAAAAAGCUGGUGCAUCUAAGUUAGCUUUCAAUCCUAUCACAGCGAAUUCUAUCAAGAAGACUCUUGUCAGAAUUUGUAGGGAAGAGAUGUGCUCUGUCACUCCAGAAUGGAUAGACCAUAUCGCAAAAGGAAGUGGGGGUGACAUCAGACAUGCAAUUACAGCAUUGCAGUACCUUUGUUUGAGACCCAAUCUUUUGGUCUCUUUACCAUUAUCCAUUCCGAUUUCCUGUUCUUCAAAAGGUGAACCCGGUGUGGUCACCAGUGUGCAAAGCUUUGAGGGCCUGGAUGAGAAAUUCUUUUCGUUGUCAAUGGGUAGAGAUGAGACACUUUCCUUGUUUCAUGCCCUGGGGAAGUUUCUCCACAACAAGAGAGAUACAGAGCAACCUGCUGACUUGGGUCAAGGCUACUUUCAACUACAAGAGAUGUUUAUGAGGUAUCCAUUGAAAAUGGAUGCCCCAGAAAAAAUUCUGUCUCAAGCAUAUGCAGAAGCUAGUUCAGUUGCAGAUUUUCUCCACGAAAAUGUUUUAGAUUUUAUCAGCGAUGAAGCAGUGGAUGAUGCAGUGACAAUUGCCUCUUAUUUGAGUGACUCUGACUGCCUUUCAGCCACUCUUACUAUUCGCGGAUCAUCAGGUUCGUCAUCUAUAUUGAGCAGACAUGACUCCAAAAAUGUUUCCCAACAAGUGGCUGCUUCUGUUGCCGUUCGUGGUGUGUUAUUUGGAAAUUCACACCCAUUGCCUUCCAGGUGGCACUCCAUACGGAGCCCAAAGCUGUGGCAGAUCAAGCAAUUAUCUUUCAUUAAAAAGAAUGAGAUUCUAUCAAAGUGGUGUGAAGCUCAGUGCUGUUUCAGCAUCUGUGGGUUCUCUGUCAUGACUACUGAAUAUCAAUAUGCAUUGCAAUUACUUGGGUCAAAGGUUUCCUCUCUCUCUGCACACACACAGAAUUCCCAAAUCUAUAAACCAGAGCAACAGGAUAUUCGCAUGGGUGAACAACCUGAUUGGAUGGCUACUGAUGAAUCAACCACUCAAGUGGGUACCAGUAGCAUCAGACAAGCAAGUAUUUAUGAUUUAGAUAUUCAUAUUUCAGGGGAAAGUGAAGAAGAUGAAAUAGAGGAGUGGUAGAUAUGUGAAUACCACAUAUUUUGGCAUAGUUUGAGAUGGCUACACUGACAAAUCUCAGCAGAGCACACGAGUAAAUAACAGUUCUAAAUUCUUUUUAUUAAGGGAAAGCCUCAUUUUUGUCAGGUUAGUUUAUAAAAUCUUCAAAGCAUCUCACCAAUGCCACUUUUUCAACCUUUUCUUUUGUGCUUCCAAAAUGACCGUUUUAGUACUUCCUCUAGAUUUUCUUUCCUUCUUCAAAUUUAUGUUUCUACAUCUUCUCCUGCGUCUCCUGGAGCUCUCAUAGCUUCAUGCCUAUACUAUUGCUUCAUGCUGGAUGAUUGCUAGGUAAUGUCUCCUUUUCUCCACACAAAUUCAACAACCUAAAGCUCCCUCAUACCCUAAAUCGAACAGCUCGCUCUCUCUAACCUGCAAAAUCUAGCCUUCUCUCUUUACCCAACCAAAUGUACCCCCGCUCUCUACUUAUCCAAGUGCUCACAUGCCCCCUCUAACUUCUCUCUUUAUCCUAAGCCACAAACCCUUGGCCUUUUCUGUCUAGCAAUUCCCUCCAGUGCGAGAUCCGCUAUGCUGCUCAUAGAAAAAAUUGCAUGCAAAAGAAGCGCUUGUAUACGAUGAAGGCAUUGAUGGACAUGAUGUACAAAGGAAUAUUGAUUAAAAUAGAUUUUUUAUUAUGUCUAAUGUAUGUUAAUUCACAAAAUGGCAAGCAAAGGAUUUUGAUGGAAAAUUGUAGUUCCAAAUUAUUGUGGCUAGCAAUCCAUAUCUGAUGGAAUGUGGUCACAGUACUAUGAAAAGUUAAGGAAUUUGAUGUACAGUUAUGUGGUGUUCUGUCCUGCACAAUAUGAAAUCAGCCAGAGGUAUUUAAUCCCAUGAACCAAAAGACUCAUUCCCUUUUUCCACGACUUUUUGAUGAAAACUGUGGUUCCACAUUAUUGUGGAUGGCAAUCCAUUUCUGAUGGAAUGUGGGCACAUAUUAUGAA